ACUCGAAUCACAAUGAAGCGAGUAGUGAUCACAGGACUCGGGGCCGUGACACCGCUAGGAGUCGGGGUCCAACACAGCUGGAACCAGCUCAUCGCUGGAAAUAGUGGGCUUGUGUCCACGGUCGGCUGGGGCCUGCAGUGGGACAGUAUUCCCUGUAAGGUGGUGGGUAAGGUUCCCGAGGGCUCCAUCGCAGACCACAAGUGGGACUCUUCAGAUCACUUCACUAAAUCGGAGCUGAACCGGUUGGCUCUUUUUGCCCAGUACGCGAUGACAGCCACGGCCGAAGCAUUUGCUGACUCCCGUAUGGACCUCUUAUCGGUGGAUAAACGACGUGUGGGUGUGAAUGUUGGUUCUGGCAUUGGCUCUUUCCAUGAUGCUUACGACAACUCAGUCAAUUUCCAUGAACACGGCUACAAGCGGGUCCAGCCGUUGUUUAUUCCCAAGCUCUUGACAAAUAUGGCUGCAGGGAACAUCUCCAUUAAGUAUGGGCUCCAGGGUCCCAAUCAUUCGGUUGCAACUGCUUGUGCGACAGGCCUCCAUGCCAUUGGAGAUGCCUACAACUUUAUAAGAAAUGGGUACUCCGACGUGAUGGUGAGCGGUAGUGCUGAAUCCUCGAUCCACCCGUUGGCUCUAGCAGGUUUUGCACGUGCUCGUUCUGUGGUCGGGUCCUUCAAUGAUGAUCCUCAAAGAGCAUCACGGCCUUUUGAUAAAGACAGAAACGGGUUUGUGCUCGGUGAAGGUAGCGGUAUCCUCAUUCUUGAGUCACUCGACCAUGCGCUUCAACGAGGUGUGCAACCCCACCAGAUAUACGCCGAAGUGGCAGGAUACGGCUUGUCUGGAGACGGUUUCCACAUCACCGCUCCCCCAGAAUCGGGUGAAGGAGCACAAUUGGCCAUGGAAAUGGCCCUCAAACAUGCGGAAAUCGACCCCCAAAAUGUCGAUUAUAUCAACGCCCAUGCCACCUCCACCAAAAUCGGAGAUAUAGCUGAAAAUAAUGCCAUCUUCAACAUCUUCCACCAAAAUGGGCACCUCAGUGUAUCUUCUACCAAGUCGUCAAUUGGCCAUCUCCUAGGGGCGGCUGGGUCCGUCGAAUCCAUCUUCACGAUUCUUGCCAUGAAACACGACACACUCCCGCCGACGUUGAACUUGGAAAAUUUGGAGCAGAACAAUCGAUUUGUGUUUGACUACGUGCCACAAAAGUCUCGUUCAAAGCAGAUCGGUAUAGCUAUGAAUAACUCUUUUGGCUUCGGGGGUGUCAACAGCAGUGUGGUAUUCACGACUUAUAUUCCUUGAAUCCCAAAUACCCUUAGUAUACUGUAAAUAUGAAUCACAUCUACCCACCACGCAGCAGCU